CCUAAUUUCAGUUUAGGGCAUUUUGAUUUGGCAUAUUUGAUUGAAAUUCGUUACUAUAAACGGAGAGGCAUUGAGACAGAUAUUAGGAAUUCAAACUUUCUGGUGGAAUUAUGAAGAUCGUACGCAAACAGCUUGAUCAGAAUGGGUCUGGUAGUGUCAAGAUGGUGCCACUUGAUUCAGAUGAUCUAUGGCAUGCGUUCAAUUUGAUUGCUCCUGGAGACACUGUUAUGGCUGUCACCGUUAGGAAAGUCAUCAGAGAGAUGGCUUCUGGAGGAAGAGAUGCAGAACGAGUGAAACUCAAGCUAGAAAUAAAAGUUGAGGAGGUGGCAGAUUAUGACAAAGUUGGAUCUGUUUUGCGGAUACGUGGAAAAAAUAUUCUGGAAAAUGAGCAUGUGAAGAUAGGGGCUUACCAUACUUUAGAACUUGAGCUGCAUCGGCCAUUUGUUUUGAGAAAGGAUGUUUGGGACUCUUUUGCUCUAGAUGUACUUCAUCAAGCCUCUGAUCCUGCUGCUAGUGCUGACUUGGCCGUGGUUUUAAUGCAAGAAGGAUUAGCACAUGUUCUCCUUGUUGGAAAAAGUAUGACAAUUACUCGAGCUCGAAUCGAAACUUCAAUUCCUCGCAAGCAUGGGCCAGCCAUUGCUGGUUAUGAGUCGGCCUUGAAUAAAUUCUUCGAGAAUGUUUUACAGGCUUUCUUGAAGCAUGUUGAUUUUAAAGUGGUACGCUGUGCAGUGAUAGCUAGUCCUGGAUUUACCAAGGACCAGUUUCAUCGGCACUUAUUAUUGGAAGCUGAAAGAAGACAGCUAAGACCUAUUAUCGAGAACAAAUCCCGCAUAAUUCUAACACAUACAACCUCAGGAUACAAGCAUAGUUUACGAGAGGUUUUGGAUGCUUCAAAUGUCAUGAAUAUGAUAAAAGACACUAAAGCAGCUCAAGAGGUGCGAGCUCUAAAGGAUUUCUUUACCAUGCUCUCUAAUGAGCCAGACCGUGCUUGUUAUGGACCAAAACACGUGGAGGUUGCCCAUGAACGAAUGGCUAUUCAAACGCUUCUCAUUACUGAUGAUCUCUUCAGGAAUAAUGAUACAACGGAGCGACAAAAAUACGUCAAUUUGGUCGAUUCAGUUAAGGAUUCAGGUGGCACCGUUCAUAUAUUUUCAUCCAUGCACGUCUCUGGAGAGCAACUCGCUCAGAUAACUGGAAUUGCAGCAAUCCUACGAUUUCCUCUGCCGGAACUCGAGGACAUAGAGAUGUAAAUGCAAUGAAGAAAGGCUAUUUAAUUUAGGGCCAUGGGGGCCUGCAAGUAAUAAGACAAGACAACACUCAUUAUCUCUGUAUUCUUCUUAAACUGUAGAUUGAAUGAAGGGUGUGGUGUACCCCUUAGAUUAUGUAAAUCUUGUGUAACUUACAAGUGUAUAUGUUAUAUUUUGCCACAACUUUUACACUUUUAUAUAGAACUAAAUAUAAGGAUAAUGUAAAUUAGAGAAAAACAGGAGAAUUAAUUAGAUAA